CAUGUGUUUACAUCGGUAAGCUUAGCCUGUCAGGUAUAAUGCAAUUUAUCGUAGUUUGUUAUCUGAUUUAACGAAUACUUUAUUAUGGUGGUCUUUAUGAGAAACUUGCACCCAAUACUGCCUAUGCCUGGGUCACCUCUCUAAAAUAUUUAAUUUGACAUCACGUUGGGUCAUCAUUUACGAGCUAGCUAGCACGUAGCUAGCAUACAGUAGCCUGUAUCGACACAUAAUAAAUUGCAGAUACACAGCAGAAAUUCCAUGUUUUGUUGUAGUAGCAUUUAUCAUAGACAAGGAAAUGCAUAUUGAGCCUUCAUGAUCAUCUUGCUACAUUUUUAACAAAGUGCAUCCGGUGAUUGUGUGGUCCUUGGGAUGAGAUGCUAAUUCCACUAGCUAUUUUCUAUUCCUAGAUGUUACAAUGACGGAUGCAUUCAGCACCAACAGUGAGCUGGUUCUUCAGCGCGUGCUGGGCGUGACAUCAGAGAAGAAUGUUCACUCUGGGAAUCUAGAUGAGCUUUAUCAGAUCAAGGAGACAUGCCAUUUCAUCAACGAUCAUCAGUUCAAAAAGGUAUGAGGAUCCAACAACGCAGUUGCUAGCUAACUAGCUACAUAAAUUGUCACUUGAAUAACAGUUUGUGUGUGUGUGUGUGUGUGUGUGUAGGCUAGUUAUGAAUAAUUUGUGCUUUAGGUUGCCAUGCAAUUUCCAGAUGAGGUGCUGGUUGAUUCAAUAGCAAUUGCUGCAGAGAUAGAGAAGGGAACCAAAGCAAAACUAUUCAUCCUUGGAGACACAUCCUAUGGCAGGUAGGAAACAUUUUUGUGUCGUUAUCAAAAACAUGAAAUUGAUAGAAAUUUCAACUUAUUUAAUUAUAUCUUAUUGAAUGAGACUAGUGCAUUUGCAAGCAUUCGUUUGGCCAGAAUCACCAUUGCCAUUAUUUGUUUUAAUAAUUUGAGAUUCAUCACUAUAACCUUAUUGUCAAUACUCUUGAUAUUUCCAGUUGUUGUGUGGAUGAAGUUGCAGCGGAGCAUGUGGGCGCAGACUGCAUUGUGCACUACGGAAGGGCUUGUCUCAGCCCGUCCAGAAGACUCCCACUGAUGUACGUCUUUGAGAGGAGACCUGUGGUCCUGGAGACGUGUGCCUCCUCCUUCAGAGAGCUCUACCCCGACAGACAGAGUCACGUCAUCCUCCUGUACGAUGUCAACUAUGCUCACAUUAAUGGUAAGCCUCUCAGCUUCAAACAAUGACGUAUGUCCCAUUUGUCCCAUUGUGUGAAUGUUUUUUAAGACUGGAAACUUUGAGUUUGUGAUAUCCUUACAAAGGAAUGUGAGCGAUUUAUACUUUUUUCCUCAGGUUGCAUUGCGGCAUAGUUUUAGAAAUAUAUUAAAAUGAGAUAUGUGUUUCAACACAUUUUAGCAACUUACUUAAUACUGAUUUAUAGCAUGAUAAUGUCUCUCCUCAGACGAUCUUCUGGCACUGCUGUCCUCUGAGUAUCCGAACAUUGCCGCCUCAACCCUUCACGUGGACGGAGAACUUUGCUACAGUCACGGACAAAGAUAUGGACAACACAAUGUCAGCAGUUCUCAGUGUCAAAACGGUGAUCAAGUCGUUCACCAGUUCGGAAGGCAGUUUGUCUUGAAAUGUGGACAGACCGUUGAGGACUACAGUGUGUUCUUUAUCGGCCACGAAGGUGCAACCUUGACAAACUUCAUGAUGACUUGGAACCGCUGCUCUUUCUACUCUUUUGACCCUGUAACAAUGACAGGGCGGACUGAGUCGAUCAGUAUCAACAAAGCUUUGAUGAAGCGAUAUUACGCAAUAGAGAGGGCAAAGGAUGCCAGUGUGGUGGGCAUUCUUGUGGGCACACUUGGCGUGGCAAACUACCUCACUAUCAUCGAGCAGCUGAAAGAAACCAUCCACAGAGCUGGGAAAAAGAGCUACAUGUUUGCCAUGGGGAAACUGAAUGUUGCCAAACUGGCUAACUUUCUUGAGAUUGACAUUUAUGUACUGAUCGCAUGUCCUGAGAACUCUCUGUUGGACUCCAGUGAGUUCUACAAACCGGUCGUGACCCCCUUUGAAAUGGAGGUGGCCUGCAACAAAAACAGGGAAUGGUCGGGAGAGUAUGUCACAGACUUCCGCGAUCUGCUUCCAGGUAGGAUCUGAUUGACAUUGAUUUGUUCCUGAAUUAAAGUUUUGUGAGCAAGAAUAGACAUGGUGCUGUACUGUGCGUAUCUUAGCCUGGUCCCAGAUCUGUUUAUGUCAUCAUGCCAGGAGUUGGCAAGACAAUACAAACAGAUCUGGGACCAGGCCAUAGGUAUCAAGACUAAUAGUAAAACCUGUUGUAGGUGGAUCUAAGCAUGUGGCCUUGGCGAACCCUGACGACCUCGAGGACGGUGAUGAGACUGAUGUCUCCCUCAUCACUGGAGCUCUACGAACGACCCACUUCUCGUCCAGUGAGCCAGUGUCUUCCUCACUCGUCCUACGGAACCAGGCGCUCACUGUGGCCAAUGCUAACACAGCUGGUACGAUAUAUGGGAAAAAUAGACAUAAAUAUCUAAAACUAGUCUAAAUUCACAGAAUCGUGACAGGCUCCGUUGGGUUGGGGUUUAAACUCCACUCUGGGAUUGCAAGACCAUUAAUAAAGAUGCUGUUGAGUGAUUACUUUUCUUGAGUUACAAUUUUCAUAUUUCCUUCAUCUGUUUGUUUUAGCCACGUUCCUGGCAGGUCGUAGCUGGCAGGGACUGGAGCAGAAACUGGGAGAAACACCGGUGGUGAAAGCAUUAGAGGGAAGGAAAGGCAUUGCCAUUGCCUACGAAGAGGAGCCGAUGACUGACAGGGACCAUUCAUCAUGAAGGCACUCAUCACAUCCAGAUUAUUAGUCCUCAUUGCUCAUUUUUUACACAUAAUAUCAAUCAAUAUAUUAUGUUGCUUCAUAGCUCAACAGUUUCCAAUUUAAGUAAUCAAUCUUCUGACAAAUUGAAGGCCUUACCAGGAUUAUUGCAUAACUAAGCUUUAUCAGGUGCAUUAUAUUCGUGUAAGUCACAUCAACAUAGGCUUUUUUUUUUACGGCGACACUGAAGUGUGUCAUGGAGGGAGAACUGAAAAGCGCAAGCCUUUUCCUGUUAUUUAUGCUUUUUUGUUAACAUCUCUUAGACUUGAAGCAUACGAAUAUAAAGGUUUAUAGAUUAGUUGCGUCAACAACAAAAAAUGCCUGUCAAGAAAUAUGCAGCUAGUGUAGCAGUGCUUUGAAUGUGAUGACUGUCACAGUACAACAUAACUUUAACUGUUUUUAAGGGUGCGUUCGUAAAUUCAAACUCGAGUGCCAGUGCGCUCAGAGUGUGCUCUGGGUGUUCGUAAAUUCAGAG